AUGAAUUACGUGGAGAAGUUAUUCGACGAGGUGCACUUUGCAUUCAAGUUGAAUGCUGCCACACUCAGUGGUGCCAUUGAUAUAUUGGUAGUGCCACAGACAGACGGCUCACUCAAGUGUACACCAUUUCAUAUCAGAUUCGGCAAGUUGCAGCUGAUCUCAUCGUCAGAGAAGAUCAUCUCAAUCUAUGUCAAUGCUCAAAAGACCGACUUGCAGAUGAAGUUGGGCCACGCUGGUGAGGCAUUCUUUGUCGAGGAGACAGAGGAGCCUGUGCCAUCCAUCCUGGCGACGUCGCCCAUUACGUCGCCCAAGCAGUCGCGAGCAGCCGCUUCAAAAAAGUCCACUGAGGAGCUGUUGCCAGAGUUCCAGGCGACUAGGAUCAUGUACAAGCCGCCCGUCAUUCAACAGACCACCACCACAACAAUGACCACGACCACAACGACAACGACAACAAUCAACAAUUUGGAGCCCUCAGAGAUGAGGCCUCUUACAUCAGCCAUCGAAGAGAUGAUCAUCAAGCAGAAGGGACAACAACCUCACGUAAACAACAACAACAACAACCCAUUGCCAGCAAUCACCACAAACAAUAUUCUAAGCAAGAGUGCCAACUCUGCUCUUCACAUCACGCCCUCCAGCUCGGCCUCGACCACCGCACCAUCCUCUCCAACGACAAGUUCCAUCAAGAAGGGAUCACCUCUAAAGAGAACAUCAUCACCAGUGUUCUUUGAAGGCUCGGAGGAUAUCACAUUGGACUCACCAAUCAAUAGUUAUAUUAUCAACUACGAGUCUGAGACUCCAAUCGACACACCUAUUGGAUCGCCGUCAGAGAUCAAUGUCACCACGCCACCACUGGAGAACAGCCCGCCCAACUCUAGCGCUCGCAAGCUGUCGGACAGCCACGACUCGGUCGUCAACUCGGACUCAGAGUCGGAGCAAAAGGUCGGCUUCUGGCGUUGGGGAGGUCUGCCGAAGUUCAUUCGAGGCAAGACGACCAACGCAACGGCGGCAGCAUCGCCGCCCUCGUCCAACACAACCAGCCCCCAACAGACGAACAGCCACAUCACAUCGCCAACGGCAUCAAUCACUGUAACAUCAACCUCGACCGAGGCAACAAUAACACAGCAACAACAGCAACAGCAGCUCACCAGCGAUCUGAGCGACACCACUGGCGUCCUGGUCGAGAGCAACACAACGACCAGUGCAGCCAUCGUGGAGGCCACCCUCGAGGCGGGCGAGUCCGGUGGCGAGCAGGAGACCAAGUCUUGGGGCAAAGCGGCCUUCAAGAAGAUCUUCAACAAGCGUGAGACUUCGGCGGCUACAUCAACAGCAGCUGUUGUCGAGCCCACCUACCUUGUGAAGCCUCCAACCGAGCCUCCUCAAUCCAUGGACAAUCUGGACACGGGCGCAGAGCCUCAGAUCUUCCAUUUCGAGGAGGAUGAGCAUGAUAUACAUGAUCAAAAGAAUGAUUCCUCGUCGGAGGAGCAGCAUCAGCAGAGACCUAGGAAGCCACAGAAGCAACAGCAACAACAGCAGCAGCAGGAAAGAGUGCAAGAGGUACCCGACAAGGAUGAUCGACUCGAUCAGUACAGUGCCAAUCGUUUACUGAUGACAAUGUCCACAAACAAUGAGCAGAGCUACGCAUCGAUCGUCAAGGGAUUGGAUGAGCAGGGCGGUGACUCAUUGCCACCUUUGAUCCCUAUAUCCGACUCAAUGGAGAAGCUGUCGGACAUUGUAGACGACGCCGACUUCCCACCCCUGGCCGCAUCCAGGACGCCCAACAGACCUGGCCGCCCAGCAAGAGGACAGAUGCACGCCCAGCUGUCACUGUGCGGACACUUGAUCCUCGACAGGAACCUGCAGUCAGAGCCAGAGGAGCGAGAGCGCUUCUUCCAGGAGCACAUCGUCUCGCAUGAGCAGCUGUGUUCCGAUGUGGCCCUGUUCAAGAACCCACACCUUGUGGCCAAGAUCGAGUCUGAGUACUACCCUUGGACGAUCGCUGGUCACUACAUCAUGUCACACCUCGUUUUCAAUCGUCCGCUGUCCGUCGAGGCGUUAGAGUCGCUUAGGAAGAAGGACAAGGAGGAGAGGACCGCUGCCAAGACGGCCGCGCCACCAGGUAGCAGCAGACACUCUUGGAUCAAUGGAAAGCAACAAGAUGUAGCUCACAACAACAAAGUACACCAACAGAUGAUUGAGGGACAAUCAAGCAAUCUUCCAAUCGUCGUCUCUCCACCACUUCAAUCAAAGCAGAUUGUUCAACAACAGCCAAACCAACAGCUUGUACAGACGACUCCACCAAGCAUGCCACCUCACUCGUACGUCAAGAAGUCACUGCGACCAACAUCAGCCCAACUUAAAUCACUGGGCCUGAAGAAGGGGGUCAACACAAUCACCUUUGUAGUAUCGAGCACACUGCAGGGCACGAGAGAGUUGACGGCGUCCAUCUACCUGUGGGACAACGACUCCAAGAUCGUCAUCUCAGAUAUCGACGGAACAAUCACCAAGUCCGACGCACUUGGACAUCUGCUGCCGGCCUUUGGCAAGGACUGGUCGCACAUUGGCGUUGCCGAGCUCUACUCCAACAUCAAGGAGAAUGGCUACCAGAUCAUGUAUCUUUCAUCUCGUGCCAUUGGUCAGGCGGGCAUCACGCGUAACUACAUCAGCUGGGUUAAGCAGACUUCUGCGUCCAACCUACAGAACGAUCCACAGAUGCCAUCGUGGUCGCUGCCGGCAGGCCCGGUGUUCAUGUCACCGAACCGUCUGCUCACAUCGUUCAACCGCGAGGUCAUUAAGAAGAACCCCGAGGAGUUCAAGAUCGCCUGUCUGCAGGACAUCCAGAACAUCUUCCCUCCCGGCUACUCGCCAUUCUAUGCCGGCUUUGGCAAUCGAUCGACGGACGUUGCCGCGUACAGCUCGGUGGGCAUCCCGGCCGGCAAGACAUUCACGAUCAAUCCCAACGGCAUCAUCAACACGUCCAACAACACGUACAACAAGUCCUACACCAAGCUCAACGAUCUUGUGCAGGACAUGUUCCCAAGCAUCACCUCGGGCAGCAAACACAUCGAUGAGCAAUGGAACGAGUAUCACUAUUGGAAGAAGAAGUCGAUCAUUCCACUAGACAAGUUAGAGCCAUUAUAA